AUGCCACCUAGGGGCCUCGGAGGCAGACACAGUCUUGGGCAUGGUAUCGACAAAGAAGUCUACCAAAUAAUCCGCAAGCUCGUCGAUGAACAGCAAUCCGAGGGGUCCGAUCUACGACUUAGUGUACCUACAAUUUACGAUCAGAUUAAGAGAUCCAAUUCCAGUUUGAAUCGCAGACCGAAAAAGUUGCUGGAAGACAGUAUUGAGCGGGUUUUGGACGUUGUGAAGGCCGAUGCUGCCGACGAUGACGAAUCUGAAUCGUUGGACGGAGACUUUGAAGGAUUGGUGGAAAAGCAACAGCUUCCGGCCCUGAAUGGCGUGAACAAGAGCAUCGUGGGAAUGUGGAGCAGCCAGUCAAAACCGAUUCCAACGCCAAAAAAGCCGGAUGGCGCCGCUGAAUCCUCUUCAUCAAUGCCUGUGACUGCGAGUAAAAGACGCCAAGCCGGUGGGGAGUCAAUAUCAAAACGACGCAAGGCGGAAAGCUCUAUUGACCGGUCUCCGCCCACUCAUGUGAGUCUCGCAGAUUUGGGCGGUGUGGACGAUGUGAUUCAGGACCUGGAGGACCUGAUAGUGCUGCCGAUGACUAGGCCACAGGUGUAUUCAUCAUCCAAAGUGCAGCCUCCCCGGGGUGUCCUGCUCCAUGGGCCUCCAGGCUGUGGAAAGACAUUGAUUGCCAAUGCAUUUGCAGCGGAAUUGGGUGUCCCAUUUAUUUCUAUAUCUGCUCCAUCGAUUGUAUCCGGAAUGUCCGGCGAGUCAGAGAAGGCCCUUCGGGAGCACUUUGAUGAAGCGAAAAGGGCAGCCCCCUGUCUUGUCUUCAUCGACGAAAUUGACGCCAUUACUCCUAAGCGAGAAAGUGCGCAGCGGGAGAUGGAAAAGAGAAUUGUUGCGCAGCUACUCACUUGUAUGGACGAUUUGGCUUUAGAAAAGACAGAUGGGAAGCCAGUGAUUGUGUUAGCGGCAACAAAUCGUCCAGAUAGCCUUGAUCCGGCUUUGAGGAGAGGCGGCCGCUUUGAUAAGGAGAUUAACCUUAGUGUUCCCAGUGAGCCUGUCAGAGAACAGAUCCUACGCACAUUAACAAGAAAUAUGAACCUUGCCAAUGAUCUGGAUUUCGCGCUGCUUGCCAAAAGAACCCCUGGAUUUGUUGGCGCUGAUUUGAAUGAUCUGGUGUCUACAGCGGGAACGGCUGCUAUCAAAAGGUAUCUGGAACACCUAAAGGCAUUAGGGGAUGAAGAGAUGGACAUCGAAGAGCCUCAUAAUAACAUAAGUCCGAAAAUCUUGGAGCUGCGUCGUCUAAUCAAGCGUGCCCGGGAGACACCUCCGGACACGGAGUCCCAAACCGUGCACGUCUCUAAUGAGGACUUCUUUGCAGCACUCCCCAAAAUCCAGCCUUCCUCAAAGCGUGAAGGUUUUGCUACGAUACCCGAUACCACUUGGGCUGACGUGGGCGCACUUGGCGGCGUGCGAGAGGAACUUGUCACCGCGAUCGUGGACCCUAUCCGAACGCCUGAAAUUUAUGCUCAGGUCGGGAUAUCAGCACCCACUGGAGUUUUGCUCUGGGGUCCUCCCGGCUGCGGUAAGACACUACUGGCAAAAGCCGUCGCGAAUGAAUCUCGUGCCAACUUCAUCAGUGUCAAGGGCCCUGAGCUUCUCAACAAAUAUGUUGGUGAGUCAGAACGGGCUGUUCGCCAAGUUUUUGUUCGUGCCCGGUCGUCUAUCCCGUGCGUUAUAUUUUUUGACGAGCUUGAUGCUCUUGUACCUCGACGCGAUGAUACACUAUCAGAAGCGUCUGCACGUGUGGUAAACACCCUACUCACCGAGCUCGACGGGCUUGGUAGUGCCAGGCAGGGAAUAUAUGUCAUCGCAGCCACCAAUAGGCCUGAUAUCAUCGACCCGGCGAUGUUGCGGCCUGGUCGUCUCGAGACUCUACUUUUCGUUAAUUUACCUAAUGAAACUGAACGAGUCGAUAUCCUUCGCACCUUGGUUCGCAACUUGACCGUUGAGGUCACGCCUGAAAUCGAGACACUUGUACGGUCGUGUGAGGGCUUCAGUGGAGCGGACUUGGGGUCUCUACUUCGUCGUGCGGGUUACGCGGCGAUUAAAAGACGUGAUACGAUUAAGGCGGAGGAUUUUGCCGUUGCAAAGAAAGAGAUCAGGCCAAGUGUUACGGAUAUGAAAAAGUAUGAUAGGCUAAGGAGAGACUGGGGAGGUGGAACUGCUGCGCAAUAG